AUGAGGGGCUUAAUAUUAGCCCUGGUUUUAACCCUGGUGGGGAGCCAGCAUCUUAAUUACCAACCCGAUUUCAGUGAAAACAAGGUUUAUACAUUCAAUUAUGAAAGCAUGCUUCUCAGUGGACUUCCAGAGAAAGGACUUGCAAGAGCUGGAAUAAGAAUAAAAAGUAAAGUGGAAAUUAGUGGUAUUGGGCCAAAACUUUGUCUUAUUAGGAUUCACUCAAUCGAAGCAGCAGAGUACAAUGGUGUCUGGCCUACAAGCUCAUUCUCUCGAUCGCUCAAACUGACCCAGGUACUAACCGGGCAGCUCAGUAAUCCCAUCAAGUUUGAGUAUAGCAGUGGCCAUGUUGGAAACCUUAUGGCUCCUGAUUCUGUCUCGGAUGAUGGUCUAAACAUCUACAGAGGGAUUCUGAAUGUGCUGGAGCUAAGUAUAAAGAAGAUGCAGCAUUCAUACAGCUUACAGGAGGCUGGGAUCGGAGGUAUUUGCAACACAACGUAUGCAAUCCAGGAAAACAAGAGAGCAAACUUAGUCUAUGUGACCAAAUCCAAGGACCUGAACAGUUGUGAAGAGAAAGUUCAGAUGGUCACAGGUUCAGCAUACACUCAUCCAUGCCGGACCUGCCAGCAGAGAAACAAGAAUUCCCGGGCAACUGCUACUUACAAUUACAAAAUUAAAUAUACACGUAAUGAAGCUGUAAUUACACAAGCUGAUGUUGAGGAAAUCCACCAGUUUGCACCCUUCAACGAGAUAACAGGAGGAAAUGCUAUAGUAGAAGCAAGGCAGAAACUUGCUUUGACUGAUGUGCAAAAGCACAUGGCAGAGGUCCCACCAAAAGAAUUCCAGAACCGUGGGUCACUUCAGUACCAGUUUGGCAGUGAAUUGCUUCAGCUUCCUGUCCACUUAUUCAGAAUAAAAAAUGUGGAAAGCCAGAUAGAGGAAAGCCUGCAAGACCUAGUAGAGACCACGUCUGAACAGCUUCCCAGCGAUGCACCAGCAAAAGCCCUCAAGCUUAUGCACCUCUUCCGCGCAGCAAAUGAGGAGAAUUACGAGUCAGUGUGGAAGCAGUUCUCCAGUCGGCCAGCAUACAGGCGCUACAUUUUGGAUAUAAUUCCUGCAGUUGCCAGUCACCGUGCACUCAGGUUCUUGAGGCAUAAAAUGGAAAGGCAAGAACUCACCAACUGGGAAGCGACUCAGAUGGUGCUUGUGGCUCUGCACUCAAGCACGCCAACUCGGGACGUGAUGGAGGAAGCAACGCUCAUCGUGAAAAAACAUUGCCCACGCUCAAGUACUGUACUUGGAAAGGUUUGCCAUCUCAGCUACGCGUCACUGUGCCACAAACAGUGCUCUUCAUCAGACUCCUGCUCUGAAUGUCUCCAGCUACUUCAUGGCUUUGCAGGAGAGGCAUUGAGCAAGUCUAACACAGAAGAAAUUUCCCUGGCUUUGAAAGCCCUUGGGAAUGUAGGACAUCCAGCCAGCAUCAAGCACAUCAAGAAAUUUUUGCCAGGAUAUGCAGCCAGUGCCUCAGAUCUGCCACUGAAGGUCCAUGCGACUGCUGUGAUGGCCCUGAAAAACAUAGGCAUGAAAGACCCCAAAAUGGUGCAGGCUAUUACUCUUGAGAUUUUCCUGAAUCAUAAAAUUCAUCCUCGCAUCCGAAUGUUAGCUGCAGUGGUUUUGCUUGAAACCAAGCCAGGUCUUCCAAUACUGAUGACAUUAGCUGAUGCUGUGCUGAAGGAACCUAGCAUGCAAGUGGCAAGUUUCAUCUACUCUCACCUGAGGGCCCUGGGUAGAAGCACAGCUCCAGAUCUUCAAGUGAUGGCUUCUGGCUGCAGAAUGGCUAUCAGAGUAUUAAGUGCCAAAUUUGACAGAUCUGGAUAUCAGUUCAGCAAAGUUUUCCGCUUCAGUAUGUUUAAAGAGAUCCUUAUGAGUGGACUGGCAGCUAAAUAUUUGGUAUUGAAUAAUGCGGGCAGCUUAAUUCCAACGAUGGCAAUGUCCCAGCUGCAGACCCAUUUCCUUGGAAAGGUGGCUGAUCCCUUGGAGGUGGGAAUAACAGUGGAAGGACUGCUGGAGAUGUUUGCUAAAGGUUACUCUCCUGACGGGGACUGGGAGACUGACUAUGACUUCAAGGAAAUCCUGAAAACACUCUCUGACUGGAAGGCAUUCUCCAGUGACAAACCUUUUGUGUCGGGCUACUUGAAGAUGUUUGGCCAAGAGCUGUUUUUUGGUGGACUUGAUAAAAACGCCAUCCAAAAUGCAUUGCAGGCAUGGUAUGGACCUGACGAAAAAAUCCCUUCGAUAAGGAGAAUAAUCAGUAGCCUUCAAAGUGGUGUAGGGAGACAGUGGACCAAGGCUUUACUGUCCUCUGAGAUCCGUUGUAUCGUGCCCAGCUGCACCGGGUUCCCGACGGAGACCAGUUUCUACUACUCUUCUGUCACAAAAGUGGCAGGAAAUGUUCAAGCACAGAUUACACCUUCUCCAAAGUCUGAUUUCAGAUUGACUGAGUUACUAAAUGCCAACAUUAGGCUGCGAUCCAAAAUGAGUCUAAGCAUGGCUAAGGAGAUGACCUUUGUAAUGGGGAUCAACACACACAUGAUCCAGGCAGGGCUGGAAGCACACACCAAAAUGAAUGCUCAUGUACCUGUGAAUGUUGUUGCCACCAUCCAUAUGAAGGAAAAAAAUUUCAAAAUUGAAAUUCCACCAUGUAAAGAUGAGACUAACAUAAUUACUGUAAGGUCUAAGACAUUUGCUGUUACACGAAAUAUUGGGGAUUUGGCUGCUAGUAAGAUGACUCCAGUUCUUCUACCUGAAGCAGUGCCUGACAUAAUGAAGAUGUCCUUCGAUUCAGGUUCUGCAUCAGGCGAGACUGAUAACAUCAGGGACAGACAGUCUGCAGAAGAUGUUUCAUUGGGAAAUUCCUUUUCCUUUGGACACCCUUCUUCCCGAAAAGAGCCAUUUGUUCAGUCUAUGUGCUCCAACGCAAGUACAUUUGGGUUUCAAGUGUGCAUUGAGAGGAAAAGCGUACAUGCAGCAUUUAUCAAAAACGUGCCUCUUUAUUACCUAGUUGGAGAGCACGCCCUUAGAAUGAGCUUCAAGCCAGUUUACACAGAGGCACCUAUUGAAAAAAUGCAAGUCACAAUUCAAGCAGGAGACCAAGCUCCUACAAAAAUGGUACGUUUAGUAACAUUUGAAGAUCCAAAGGCACAAGUAUCUUCCAGCAAAGAAGCGAUUAAAAGAGUGAAGAAAAUCCUUGAUGAUACUGAUGACCAGGGGAAAAGAAAAUCCAGAAGCUCAUCAUCCAGUGCCAGCAGCGCCAGUGGAAGUGCUGAGAGCACAACGAGCAGCCCCUCCAGCAGCGACUCUGACAACAGAGCGUCACAGGGAGGCACCCGGAUAAAUCUGAAAGCAAGACGGUCCAAAGCCAAAGGAAAGAAAUUCUACCCCUUUGGGGACAGCGGCAGUAGCAGCAGAAGCAGCAGCAGUAGCAGCAGAAGCAGCAGCGGUAGCAGCAGCAAAAGCAGUAGUAGUAGUAGUAGCAGCAGUAGCAGUAGUAGUGGUAGUAGUAGCAGCAAAAGCAGCAGUAGUAGCAGCAAAAGCAGUAGUAGUAGUAGUAGUAGCAAGAGCAGUAGCAGUAACAGCAGCAGUAGUAGCAAAAGCAGUAGUAGUAACAGCAGCAGUAGCAGCAAAAGCAGUAGCAGUAGCAGCAACAGCAGCAGUAGCAAAGCAUCUGGUAUAAAGCAUAAGGCUAAGAAACAGUCCAAGACCACAUCAUUUCCACAUGCCAGCGCUGCUGAAGGAGAGAGAAGUGUCCGUGAGCAGAAGCAUAGUACACAGAGUAGCAGCAGUAGCAGCAGAAGCACCAGCAGCGGCACCAGCAGCAGCAGUGAAAGCGUUGGUGUUUCCCAUCACCACAGCAAAUAUGACAGACAAGCUGAGCUGAAACAUGUCAAGUCCCAAUUUAACAGUCACAGUAGUUACGACGUUUCUACAGAAUGGGAAUAUCAUCUUCCAAAAGUAUACCGGCUCCGUUUCAGGUCUGCUCAUGUCCAUUGGGAACUGCAGACGUGGUGGCACUCUGACCAGCUGAGGGGCUUAGGCUCAGGAAGUACGCUGCGAGUCAAGUUUGUAACACGGCGGAGCCACGUGAGCAGGGGAGGCAGCGGUCACCACAGCCAUGGCUCCAGCCUGACGUGCGAGCGCAACUUCCUGGGAGAUGUAAUUCCACCUGGCAUUACGAUUGUGGCACAGGCAGUAAGAAGUGACAACAGAAAUCAAGGUUAUCAAGCUACAACAUAUGUUCAUUCUGAUGCUGCCAAAGUUGAUGUGCAACUAGUUGUGGUUCAGCUGGCUGAAACCAAUUGGAAAGUGUGUGCUGAUGCUGUAAUACUGCCUCUGAAAGCACAGGCCAGACUGAGAUGGGGCAAGGAGUGCCGGGACUACAGGAUAGCAGCCAUGGCUACCACAGGCCAACUGGCGAGGAAGCCAGCCGUGCAGCUGAAAGUGCAAUGGGGAAACCUUCCAUCCUGGAUAAAAAAGACAAGCACAGCAUUCAUGCAAUAUGUUCCUGGUGCAGCACUCAUGUUGGGCUUCUCAGAAGUACAUCAGAAAAAUCCAUCCCAUGAAAUUAUAGUAAGGGCAGCUGCAACAUCUCCACGAACAUUUGAUACAGUAAUUAAAGCUCCUGGGGUAACGCUUUACUAUCAGGCACUCCGAAUGCCAUUCACUCUGCCCUUAGGCCCAUCUCCAACUUACGAGACUCGAGAUAUCACUGCCUGGAAUUUAUUUCCUGAAAUAGCUUCACAAAUAGCACAAGAAGAUCAAUCCACAUGUGAAGUCGGUGAGGGAGAUUUCAAAACAUUCGAUCACAUGAGCCGUACAUAUUCUUUCAAUAAAAGCUGCAACCUGAUAGUGGCCCAAGACUGUACUGAGCACCCAAAAUUCAUCAUUACUACAAGAAAGGUUGAUUCUCAGUCUUUCUCAAGAGAGGUUCACAUAAAUACAACCUCAGCGAACAUCACAAUCUGUCCUGCCCCAAAUUUCUCUCUCCUUGUGGCAUGCAACGAAGAACCAGUUCUAUCACACAGUGGAGUUUCUGAGUAUGAAAAAGACAAUGUCAAAAUUUAUAAAAAUGGAACAACAGUUAUUGUGGAAGCUCCAACACACGGACUGAAGAAUGUGACUUUUGAUGGUGUGAUCCUUAAGGUUACUGUUGCUUCAUGGAUGAGAGGAAAGACCUGUGGAGUUUGUGGAAAUAAUGACAGAGAAAAGCACAAUGAACUCCUCAUGCCAAAUCAUAAGCUGGCACACAGCUGUUCUGCUUUUGUUCAUUCAUGGGUAUUGCUAGAAGAAACCUGCUCUGGUGGGUGCAAGCUGCAGCGCAGUUAUGUGAAGCUGAAUCGAAAUCCUACUAUUGAUGGAGAGGAAUCUACGUGCUACUCUGUUGACCCAAUACUGAAAUGUAUGAAAGCCUGUACUCCAAUCGAAAAAACUUCAGUUAAGGUUGGCUUCCACUGUUUCACAAAAGAUACUGCUGUAAGCCUGCUGGAAUGGCAGAGAAGCAGCGAUAAGAAAUCUGCAUCUGAGGAUGUUGUGGAGUCUGUGGAUGCUGACAUUGAUUGUACCUGCACUGGCGACUGUAGUUAAGCUAAACACUUCAGUGUUGUGCUAUAGACAUACUAUACAAAUAAUUGAAUAGCUGGACAGAUAAGAAGGGAACGUAAUAGCUGUAGUAAAAUAUUAAGAAAUGUGCUUGAAGAAAAUAAGUCUACUGCAUUGCAUCCAAAGUCAAAUGCAUUAUGUACAGUCUGCACUGCUUAAUAAAUAUGUUGUUCAUUAAAUAAGUA